AUGUCGCUGAGCUCGGAUCAUGUACUAGAGAGGGGAAAACCUCAUGAAAGAAACCAAAUUAUUAGUACAAUAAUUGGAUCUAUAGUACAACUGAGCCAGCAUAAAUUUACUUCAAAUGUUGUUGAAAAAUGUCUACAGUGUGGUGAUUCAACUGCAAGGGAGAUGCUGAUAAAGAAUAAUAUUGGGCAUGGUGAUAAAAAUGAUAAUUUAUUGCCACUACCAAAAUCUUCUCUUAAUGGAUUUAGAGGUAAAAAAGUUAUUGCCAUUAUCUAUGAUGCAAAUAUUAUAGCCCUUGCAGAUGAGCUAACACUAGGGAAAACAUACAUGUUAUCAAAUGCAACUGUGAAAGACAACAGAAAUGAGUUCAGAGGCUCACUUCAAGACAAAAUUUGGACCAUAACAGCAAAGACAAAGAUAAAAGAACUUAAGGAGGAUAAUUUAAACUUUCUCUUCUCGAGAUAUGAACUCACCGGAUUCAACAAAUUGGAACGCUGCAUGGAUAGUAAUGCAGAGAUAAGUGUUAUAGGCAUCGCUAUAGAAGUUCGUCAAAAAAGAAUUAUCCAAACCCAAUUUGGCACACAAACAUGUCUUCAAGAUGUUGUGCUGAUAGAUAAAUCUUUUGAGACGAUCAUAUUAACGAUGUGGGACACUUUUGUUGAAAAUGAUUGCGUUACAAUAACUGAUAACAUCGAAAGCAAACCAAUCAUAUGGACGACUAAUUUAAAGGUUUCUUCAUACAAUGGAGUUACGCUUUCUACAAAAGUCAACAGCACUUUUACAUUAAUCCUGAAAUUGAUUGAAACAAACAAAGAAAAGCUUGACAAACUAAUCGAAGAAAAGCCAUCUAUUGCAGUGACGCCACUCAAAAUUUCACCUCCAGACGAAAAUAAAUUCACACCAAUUGCUGACUUACAAGGAGCCCAUUUGGGAGUAAUUUCAAAAACCCUUUCCACAAGGCCUUUACGCUUUGAAGGGUCACUCAGGGCUUAUUUUAAAAACAGUUUAAACUUUAACUUGGAGUUAAGAUAUGCUCUUAUCAUAUACUCAGCAUGA